AUGAUCAAAUUUGCAGCGAUUUUGGCGUUGGCGCUAGCCGCAGCCGUGCAGGCCGAUCCAGCCCGCCCCGUCGUCACCACCAAUGGUGGUCAAAUCCAGGGCGCUACGUCGAGUUGUGGACUCUUCUGCAGCUACUUCUCGUUCAUGGGCAUCCCGUAUGCAGAGCCUCCAGUCGGUGAACUCCGUUUCCGUAAUACCGUACCUCAUCGCGGCUGGGAAGGUGUCAAGGAUGGCAGUGAACACAGAUCAUCUUGUCCAUCGAGUAGCUUUUUUGGUGAUGGAUACUCAGGAGAAGAGGACUGCCUAUUUCUGAAUGUUUACACCCAGCAGGUCGUUGGGUCUCGUCCAGUCAUGGUGUGGAUUCAUGGCGGAUCAUUCUCCGGAGGAUCGGGUGAAUCGUGGAUCUACGGUCCAGAUCAUUUGGUACAACAAAACGUUGUAAUCGUUACCAUCAACUACCGAUUGGGCGUUUUGGGAUUUUUCAGCACCGGAGAUGAACAUGCUCAAGGUAACUGGGGUAUGAAAGAUUGCGUGGAAGCUCUGCGUUGGGUGCGAAACAAUAUUGCUGCAUUCGGUGGUGAUCCGAAUAAUGUGACGAUCUUCGGCGAAAGUGCUGGAGCUGCUGCCGUGCACUACCUGGUGCUAUCUAGAAUGGCUGCUGGAUUGUUCCAUAAAGCUAUCGCUCAAUCCGGCACUGCACUCGUUCCAUGGGGCUUCCAGUAUAACCCACAGGAAAUGACGCGUCGUAUUGCGGAAAAAUUCGGAUAUCCAACUAACGAUAACGCCGAGCUGGUACGACGUCUUCGAUAUACACCAAAGGGUGAAUUCGUCAACCUCCAAGAAGGAUGGACAGACAUUCCGAUUCCUCGUGGCUUCCGCCCGUUUGAUUUCGUCCCAACAGCCGAACCUGCCAACUCGCCAGAACCAACCUUCUUAACUGAACGCCCCAUUGAUAUUCUUAAGGCCGGAACCUUCAACCACGUCCCAUUUAUAAUCGGUUACAAUGAUGCCGAAUCGUUGUUUAUGAUCCACGAGCAUCGCAUUGAUUCAACAGUGUGGAACGCAUUUAUCAGAAAUCCUCAGUUCUUCGUGCCACACUAUUGGAACAUUGCGGCUAACAGUCCUGCCUCGACGGCCGUUAGCCAAGCCUUCCGCGAUCUCUACUGGCAAGAUCGGCCUCUUGGUCCGGAUAUUAUGCUGGAAUGGACCAAAUUCCACACCGACCAACAGUUUAUCUACGCUUGCGACAAGGCUGCUCGAUUAACUGCUCAGCACAAUACUGCGCCAACCUACUACUACCAAUUCAGCUACGACGGCGAUCUUAACCUGGUCAAACGCGUUACUCUUCUUACUGCAUGGCCGGGAGCAAUGCACGCCGAUGAACUGCCAUACCUGUGGUCCAUGACCAAUUUCGCAAUCUCCCCCAUCCUGCCCACCAAUCCAGCGGUCGCCGUUCGCAAUCGAAUGAUUCGCAUGUGGACUAAUUUCGCUACCCAUGGCAACCCAACUCCAACCGCUGAUAGCCUUCUGCAGAACGUCCGCUGGUCACCGUUCACCACGCAGAACAUGGAAUACCUGGAAAUCAAUAGUUCGCUGCUACCUGGUAGCCGCCCGAACCGUGAACGACUGGACACCUGGUACCAGUUGGAGGAACAGUACGCCAACGAUCCCUUCUACUACCCGUGGCAGUGAACUGUUGUUUCUCCACCACCAAAGAUAGUGAGAGAAAUA